CUCAUUAUUUAACUUUAUUUUUUUUACCUUUUUAUCAAGAAAUUUACUUAUCAUAUAAUGCCAACUGGCCAACUUCUUAUCUUAGGUACAUUGUAAUCAAAUUAUAUAAAUAGAGACCAUUUGAGAGAUUUGUGGAGACAUUGCUUCUCUGUUUUAUUUUUUUAUUUUUUUUCCAGAAUUAUUAAAAAAAAAAAAAAAGUGAGUCAUUAGCCAUGGUAGCAACAAUAUUGAGAUAUGGAAUAAUUGGUGUUGGAAUGAUGGGAAGAGAACAUUUAAUGAAUCUUUAUCAUCUAAAAAGUGAAGGAGUUGCUGUUGUUUGCAUUGCUGAUCCACAUAUUCCUUCUCAAAUAUAUGCACAAAAAUUAGCAGAAUCAUUUGAUUGGCCUCUGCAGGUUUUUGCAGGGCAUAAACAAUUGUUAGAAAGUGGGCUAUGUGAUGUGGUGGUAGUGUCAACUCCAAACAUGACUCACUAUGAGAUUCUCAUGGAUAUCAUCAAUCACCCAAAACCCCAUCAUGUUUUGGUGGAGAAGCCUUUGUGCACUAAUGUCUCAGACUGUAAAAAGGUCAUAAAUGCUGCAAAAGCGCGAUCUGAUAUGCUGGUACAAGUUGGGCUAGAGUACAGAUACAUGCCGCCAGUUGCUAAACUGAUAGACAUAGUUAAAGAAGGAGCUUUAGGAAAAGUGAAGAUGGUGUCAAUUCGAGAACAUCGAUUUCCAUUUCUUGUCAAGGUCGAUAAUUGGAAUCGUUUCAACUGCAACACUGGAGGUACUCUGGUGGAGAAAUGCUGUCAUUUCUUUGAUCUCAUGAGACUUUUCAUUGGAGCAAAUCCUGUUCGCGUUAUGGCUUCUGGAGCUAUGGAUUUGAAUCACAGAGACGAAGUAUAUGAUGGACGGGUGCCUGAUAUAAUUGACAAUGCUUAUGUAAUUGUGGAAUUCGACAAUGGUUGUCGUGGUAUGCUUGACCUAUGUAUGUUUGCUGAAGGAGGUAAAAAUGAGCAAGAAAUAUCUGUAGUAGGUGAUAUUGGAAAGGGUGAAGCGCUUGUGCCUGAGAGCAUUGUGCGUUGGGGUACACGAGCUGAAGGAAGAAAUAGCGUACAAACUUUGCUAGCUGAAGAUAAGCGAAUAAAGUACGAUGGGCUACAUCAUGGUUCAAGCUACUUGGAGCACCUUCAGUUUUUGUCAGCAGUAAGAGCAAGAGGAGAACAAGCACCUGCUGUUGGUUUACAUGAUGGUUUGGUUUCAGUAGCCAUUGGAGUUGCUGCACAGCUUUCGAUUCAGAAGGGUCGAUCUGUUGCGAUUGAGGAAGUCAUGCAUGAACAGCUUCUUCAAUCCACCAAGUCUUGAUUUUCAAUCAUUAUUUGAAUGUAGUAACAACACAAAUAACAAGGGUGUCUGGUUCUUCAUCUGCUCUUGACUUGUCUACAUUCAUCAUAUUGUUAUUAUUUAAGAUCACUACUAGAAGUAGAAAUCCCAUCAAAACACCUGCAGUUCCUUGCAUUCCAAAUGCACCAAAAACCUGUUUGUUUGUGUUUUUUUGAUAAA